AUGACUCGUAAGACAGAUCCAAGCUCUAAAGCAAAACUUAAAGAAGCAAAUUUUUAUUUUGCAAUAGAAAGUGGCAUUGCUUUGCUUUGUUCAUAUUUGAUAAAUAUGGCCAUUGUUGUUGUUUUUGGUACAAUUUUCUACAAACCAGAUGGUAACUCGCCUCAUCUACCAGGUUUAUAUGAUGCUGCUGAUGCUUUGACUAAAACUUUGGGUAAAGGUGCAAGAUAUCUUUGGGCAUUUGGUUUAUUGGCUGCUGGCCAAAGUUCUACCAUGACUGGUACUUUGGCUGGUCAAUAUGUGAUGGAGGGAUUUUUUGGUAAAAUUUUUACAAAUCCUUGGCAACGUGUUGCCAUAACUCGUGGAAUUGCUUUAGUACCAUCAAUGAUGGUUGCUGUUCUUGCUGUUGAAAAUUUUGAUACAAUGGGUGAAUUUUUAAAUGUACUUCAAAGUUUAUGCUUGCCAACUGCUCUGAUUCCAAUUUUAAAGAUUAUAAGUUCUAAAAAUAUAAUGGCUUACUAA